AUGAUGGAGACCCUCCCAAUUGCAAACCCGAACACCUGUUCGCCCAGGCUGCGGCUGGAUACUAUACGAGAUAGAGCCAACGAGCUAUAUAAGAAGGCCUGGGGUAACCCGUGGCGCUGCGAGACAAGGACAUCUGUUGCGCCGGCGGAGUCCACUGUAAACGCUCCUACUACAGAGAGCUAUCAGUACGACUGCCUACCUGGAGCCCUUGGCCAAGUCCGAAGACUCUUUUUGUCUAACUCGGACGGCGCAGAUACGCUCGUCCUUCUUCACGACUAUGAACCACUGAGCGAGGCACUCACGACAAGCUACCUUGGGCGCAGGAAGGGCGUAGUGGUUACAGGUCACCCCGGGAUCGGCAAAACCUCUUUCUUGUACUACCUUCUUCUACAGCGGCUAGGAGCGAAAUGCGCGACUGCACUCCAGGUCGAACCCGACUACUUCUUCAUCUUCGACUCAGAGGGGGCCGCUGUUCUCCCCAAUGUCACUGCUGACCUUCGUCCAGAAGAGGUGGACGUCCGUCUGGCGAAGUGCUGGGCGCUCUCUGAUACCAAUAGCCUCCUCAGACAACCCUGCGCCGCCUUUCUGAUGAGUGCCGAGCGCGUCAUCCAAGCGGCGUCUCCUGGGCGCAAUCCGUGGAAAGAUUGGAUCAAGGACUUCGGUGGCCGUGUGGCAGUUAUGGACCUCCCCACAAGCAAGGUGAUUGGGGCGAUUGUCAAAGAGUCUGGGUACGACCCAAUCCCGUCUUUCACCUAUACCGACAAGUGGGGACCGUCACUGAGGCUGAUCCUCGAUCUCAUGGGGGCCUCGAGAGAAGGCGUAGCCGAAGUGGACGAAAUUAUCCUGGCCAAACAAGCGACGGCCGCAGCAGCCAGUAUCCGCGCCGACCCGACUCGCUUGUCAACGUGGAGCUUGGACGCACACGAUGGAUUGCCAUUCAACCUCGUCUACGUCUGCCCUCAGCGCAUACCACUUGAGAACGGCGACACUUUCUGGGGGGGAUGGAGUUUGACCAUCCCGACGAGAUACCUCGCCGCCAUCUUCGAGAGAGAGCGUAAGCAGGUCUCCGCUCAUGACUCGCCGAGGCUUCUCGAGGUACUCGGUCUCGCACAUAGUACCUUCGACAGCGCGCCAGAGCAACCCGGGGACCACCAUGAAGAAGCUCGCGCCCACGGGGCACGGAAUCCUAUCACGCUUCCCUUUAUUGCGCAGCCACAGGGCGAGAAGACUCAGAAGAGAAAGAUAGACGAAGUUUCAGGGUGUUCUGAUUCUUCGGGCGUUCACCGCGCCAGACGCGCUCGAUUCAAGGGAAAGGAAAAAGCUGGAGCAUUCGAUGGGACUGCCUCAGAAGAAGAGAGAUCCCGAUGGAAUAUCGACCGCACAGUCGACGAGACCGGUAGUUAUUCCACCGGACUUCAUGCACAUGGCGGACAUCCUGCAAAUAUGGGCGAUGCCGGUCAAGGAUACAAAUCCGAUUCGACGGCGGUGCCCCAGCCAUCGAAAAUAGUCAGCGCGGCCACUGAAGCUGAUGCGUCGGAACUGGAAUCGGCGAAGGCGCGCCUUCGGAUGGUCAACGACAUGCUCGAGCAGAUCCAUCGCAUAACCCCGAUAAGCCUGAAGGAUCAACGACAACUCGCUGAGAAGGUGUACAAAAGGCUUGGGCCAGAAAGAGCGCGUCUAGUGCUCCCGAGGGUUGACUGGGCUAACUGGGCGCCUCGUCCUGACGUAGCCACUACCACCGAUCCACAUACGACUGCGGAAGGGCCCACUGUAGCUGUGGAUUUGGAUAUGGAGUAG